UCUUAAUGGCUUAACUUCGUUAUUUGGGAUUUCAUACUUAUACGACAUCACGUACUGGUAUGAUUAGUUUUCAGCAAACCGUUGUAAAGCUAACAGACAAAUCGUUCGUGCAGAUAUACGACGUGAAAAUGGGUAUGUUACCCUUAACGCUGAUAUUAAAUGUUGGCCUGGUAUUCACCCUGGCGACAGCAUUGUACACCAAUGAGGACAUUGGAGACUGUUCAGAGGCUACACCUCAUGAUCGCUUAACGCACAUAGAGCCAUUGAAAUAUAACGUCAAACUCAACAUCAGAGUGCAUUAUAAAAACAUCAUCGGCGAAAGCAAAAUCAGAAUACGGAUCGCAAAGACAACGCGAGUCGUGGCUCUGCACGCUUACGGGCUCCAAAUAGACGAGGACGCGGUGGUGCUCACGAAAUUUAACAGAACGUGGGCUGAAGAUGCGAAGAACGGUAAUGGCGAAAACGGUAAGAUCGGUAACGGUGAUAUAGUUAUGGAUAUUUACAAGCCGGAAAGCUAUCGUUACUGCACCGCAUCGCAGAUUCUGGAGAUACAUUUUGACAAAGAUAUGCAUCGUGGAUAUUACGAUUUGUAUAUCCCGUUUGUUACUCCUUUCUCUGAAUUUGAAGGCUUCAUACAAUAUCCGUAUCUCAGUGAGGAAACAAAUAAAAGGUGGCUGUUCACGACGUUUAUGGAACCGAAUGGGGCACGAAAGGUAUUUCCAUGCUGGGACGAGAUGGCAAUGAAAGCGUUCUUCAACAUCUCAGUUCAGCAUUCAUCCCACUAUAUUGUCUUUUCGAAUACGCCAAUACGACAAUUGGAAGAAAAGGACACAGAUGACGUACAUGUCACACACUUUCAUCCCACGGCCGCGAUCUCACCUUCUCUCGUGAUGAUCACGAUGAUCAAUAAUAUCAUCAACUGUCCUAUAGAAUUCGCGGUCAGUUAUAUAUGGCAUAGAGAGGAGGUGACGGAUUCGUUGCGCUACACGCGCAGCAUCAUAGAAAUGGUCAAACAAUACUUAUCCUUGACUACGGAUGUGCAAGAAAAGAAACGCAAAACGAACUUCCUUUUGAUUCCAAACAGUCCAAUGAAGUCCAUAGGAUGCUGUGGUCUUUACCUUUACCGAGAGCAAGAUCUUACGUAUGACGAGAAAACCGACUUCUCUGGUCGCAAAAUUGCCAUUGCGAGGUUGUUAGCGCAUAGCAUAUCACGCCGAUGGUUUCUUGGGGUGGUCAGUCCAUUUUGGCAGACUGACUCUUGGUUAGGUGAAGCACUAGCAACGUAUUUCUCUCAUUACACCGUAGCCAAGAUGCUGCAAAAUGCGAUGUACAUACAUCUCUACGUUGUCCAGAUUCUACAGCCUACGCUCCAUUAUGAUACCGAACUCAAAAUGAAAUCUAUCGCGGAAAUGGCCAAGAGUACCGCUGAGAUCAACGCAAAUGAAAUCGACAUGAUUUUUUAUUCUCGCUUGAGUUACAACAAAGGCUCCGUCUUGAUACGUAUGUUGCAACAUUUUCUUGGAGUGGAGAAUUUUCGAGAUGGUAUCGACAGAUAUGUGAGAAAAUAUAAGUCCAGUUCAGCCACUACCGACGAUUUUUGGCAAAUAAUGCAAGAAAUUUUCGACGAGUCGGGUAGACACAACUAUAAUAUAAAAGAGAUGAUGGACACAUGGUUAACGGGACGACAGUAUCCCGUAGUGAGUUUCGAUUAUAAUUAUAAUAUUUCUACGGCGACAAUUUCAAUAUCAUGCGAUAAUGAUAACUGGAUAAUACCUGUAAGUUAUACUAUGUCGAAUUUCGCUUCCAAAAGUACUGCCUCGAGAAGUACUGGCCUUGAGAAGUUGAAAUGUUCCCAAAGCAAAAUUAUAAAUGGAUUCAAAUUGGAAGAUAUGAUUAUAAUAAAUCGAAACCAAGUUGGAUACUACCGUGUUAAUUACGACAACAAGAACUGGCGAAAAAUCUCCUCUCACUUACGAUAUAACAAUUACACUAACAUUCACGUCCUCAAUCGUGCUGCAUUCAUCGAUGACGUGUAUCACUUUAUGAUGAAGGGCGAACUUGAGGUUUCGACCUUCUUCAAUAUCAUCAAAUAUCUAAAACGGGAGAUGGAUUUUGUAGCGUGGUAUCCUAUGUUUAACAUUUUGUCGUACAUGUCAGAAUUUUUCAAACAGCCAGAGCAUACAUUUGUGAUUCCACACAUGCUGGAUAUCUUGGAUGCACUUCUGAAUAACGUGGGUUACGAAGAAGAUUAUAAAGAUGCUGACAUGAUGAAGGCGUUACGAUUAUUAGGAUUAAGAUGGGCUUGCAAACUCGGUCAUGCGAAAUGUCAAGAAGUUGCCAAUGCAAAGUUGACCGCGCAUAUCAUGGAUCCUGCGGCACACCCAAUUUUACCGUGGUGGAAGGACUGGGUAUAUUGCACGGGUAUAGAGACGGCAAAUCUUAGCAUUUGGCAUCAGGUGUUGCACACAAGCAUGAGGAGUAAAGACUUUGAAACUUUAAUGCACUUAACUUGUUCUAAUGAAGCUCCGCUUCUCAUAUAUUACCUGGAUUUCCUUGUGUCAAACAAUGGCGCAAAAGAAUUGACUGAUCACCAACGUUACAGUAUUUAUCAUGCUAUAAUAAAGAAACAUGCACAGAAGGAUAUGGUGCUUAAUUUCAUUAUGAGCAAAUAUAAAGAAAUAAUGUCCAGUUUUGAUGAAACUCUAACGAUGAUAUUAGGUGAUGCCAUUAUGAAUCUGAAAUCGUCGGAACAAUUCGACAUGAUUCGGGGAAAUCAGCUGUUUCUGAAUCUCUUCGUAGUGAAACAUCUACAGCUUGCGCUCAAUAAUGAGGAGGAUUUAGGAAUGAUACAGGUUAUUGAUAAAUUCGAUUUCCUCGACGAAAUCGAUGAUCUUUUUCACAAUCGUCUAUAUUACAACAAAGUGGCCUCUCUACUUCGGUUGUUGCAUUAUAUGUUUCCCAAAGAUUUUAAUAAAGGCAUCGUGCAAUACGUAAAGGAAGGAACCAAUAACUUUUCGACCAUCAUGCAAUCGUUCAAUUUAACACAUUUCAAAGAUAAACAUUCAUUGAAAACAACGAUGGAUACAUGGGUAAAGGAAAAAUAUUAUCCUGAAUUGUACGUUCAUCGUGAUUAUUACAAUAAUAUAGCGACGUGUUAUUAUUCAUUACCUCAUUCUGAAAACUUCAAAUGGAACAUGCCUAUAACUAGUAUUGUACAGUCAGAUCUUAUUUACUAUAAUGUUUCGAUUGGUAAUUUGACUAUUAAUUGGCUUAAGGAUGCGCAAUUAAUCAUUUCUGACAUACCUCGAAAUGAUUUUAUCAUAGUCAAUAUAGAGCAGUUAGGUUACUAUCGUGUUAAUUACAAUAAUCAAAAUUGGCGGAGAAUUUACAGCUUUUUAAACUAUAACAAUUUUACACUGGUACCUGUCCUCAAUCGCGCUCAAUUGAUAAAUGAUGCGUAUUAUUUUGCGACUAAUGGAAAAUUGGACUCCGCUAUAUUCUUCCGUCUCAUCGAAUAUCUAAAGCAGGAAACUGAUUAUUUAGCGUGGUAUCCCAUGUUUAAUAUUUUUCUACACAUGUCGGCUUACUUGGAAUGUUUAGAAGGCGAAUUUGCAAAAACGCAGUUUGUGAAUAUCCUAGAUGGACUUGUUAGUAAUUUAGGAUACGAUAUAGUUCCUAAGAAUAAAACUUCCGUAAUACCUACGAAGACAGCAUUAACAUGGUUAGGUAUGAAAUGGGCCUGCAAGAUUGGUCACGUAGGGUGUAGAGAUAACGCCACCAAAAGUUUAAUUGAUUAUGUCCAGAGUCGUGAGAAGUACAAACAAGAUCAUGAAUUGCGCUUAUGGUUGAAGGACUGGGUAUUCUGUACGGGUAUGAUGAGAGUAAACAUGAGAUUUUGGGAGAAAAUUAAGAAGGAAAGCAUUGCCAAUACUAAUUCGGAACUUUUGCACUACUUGCAUUGUGCCAACAACGAUACCGUUAUCUUAUCUCAUUUGCUUUCAUUGGUGACCACAGAUUUUGGAAAGAAUCCACGUUUAAAUAUAAAAGAUGUUUAUCGUUCUAUUGUAAAGCAGAAUGGAAAGAAAUAUAUCGUAGUUUUUUAUGUCAUAAGUAAUUAUGAAGACAUAAAAAAGAGGUUGAAUAUAAGUGACAUUGAACUACUUGGUGAACUUAUCAUGAAUUCGUAUUAUCCCGAACAUCUCAGCAUGAUAGAAGGUUUUAGUAAAAAUAAAGCUCCAUCCUGGGGUCCUUCUGUAGCGUGUAACAUUGAAAUCUUAAUUUCGGCACGGAGAAAACAAUUGGCGAAAAUCUUGGACAAGUUUAAAUACCUUUAAAGAUGUA